CUUCUCCCUCUCCCCCCCUCCACCUCCACCAGUCUCAGUCGUUGCUGGCGCGCCGGGCUGUGCGGACCUAUACCGACCAUCUCUCUCCUCUCUUCCGCUGAAUCUCUCCUUCUCUUCGCCUCUCUCCUUCGCUCUCUGCUAUGACAGCUCACACCAGCGGCGUGCUGCCCGAUCUUAGACCGUCAACCCGUCACCGGUUGCUGUCCUGUCCAAACAUUAACAUGGACAUGUGCGAGAGGGAUAUUCGUGAUUGAUCUUUCUUUCUUUUCUGUUAAUAAGGGGGAAAAAAAGAGGAAAGGGGCUGCCUUUUUCUUUUUACCCCCCCCGCCCCACCCUCCGCUUCAUUCAGCCAAGCAGAGCGGCAAGGUGGGGAGAGGACUUUAAAAAACAGCCAGCUUGGAUUUAUUUAGCAGCAAAAAUGAUGGAUUUGGGAGCGCCGGAGAUGCUGCCGCCGCUGAGGAGGAGGACGAUCGGGAAGAAACCGGGGGGACUCAGACUCGACCUCCCGCUUCUCCUCCUGUUGGGGCUCCUCGUCGGGGAUUUCUCCCCGUCCAGUGCUGAUUCCUGUGGUGGCGUAGUCCAAGGCCUGAAUGGGACCAUAGAGUCUCCUGGUUUUCCCCAUGGCUAUCCCAACUAUGCCAACUGCACAUGGCUGAUAAUAACAGGGGAGAGGAACCGAAUACAGCUAACCUUUGUUACGCUGGCACUGGAGGAAGACUUUGAUAUCGUAUCCGUCUAUGAUGGACAACCAUCGCCUGGCAACUUAAAAAUGAGAUUGUCAGGAUUCAUGCUGCCCUCUCCUAUUGUCAGCAGUGGUUCCAUACUGGCUCUGUGGUUUACAACAGACUUUGCUGUGAGUGCGCAGGGCUUCAAAGCAGUAUAUGAAGUACUGCCCAGCCACACGUGUGGCACUCCUGGCCUUAUUCCGAAUGGAAUUAUUCAUGGAUCGAGAUACAACAUGGGAGACAAGAUCCGAUACAGCUGCGAGUCGGGUUUUGUGCUGGAAGGUCACAGUACCCUCACAUGCAUUGUGUCACCUGGCAGUGGAGCACAGUGGGACUUCCCAUCGCCGUUUUGUCGAGCGGAGGGAGCAUGUGGCGGUACGUUACGAGGCACCGCAGGUUCAAUCACCAGCCCCGGAUAUCCAGAGGAGUACGACAACAACCUGGACUGCACAUGGUCAAUCCUUGCUGAACCCGGGGACACUAUCGCUCUUGUUUUCAACGACUUCCUAUUAGAAGACAAAUACGACUUUCUGGAAAUCAGCGGGACAGAAGCACCAAGCAUAUGGAUGACGGGUACAACUCUUCCCUCACCAGUAAUAUCAAAUAAAAACUGGCUUCGGAUACAUUUCACCUCGGACAGCAAUCAUAGAAGAAAAGGAUUUAGUGCUCAGUAUCAAGUGAAGAAAGCCAUAGAGUUGAAGUCCAGAGGGGUAAAGAUGAUGCCCAGUAAAGACUCCAGUCACAAAAAUGCUGUCUUGAGCCAGAGUGGCCUUGCUGGUGACGUUUGUCCAGAUCCUGGAGUUCCUGAAAAUGGCAAAAGGAUGGGUUUAGUCUUCCAGGUCGGCUCGAGCGUCCAGUUCAGCUGCGAUGACAGCUAUGUACUGCAAGGAUCUAAAAGUAUCACUUGUCAACGGGUCACUGACACCCUGGCUGCUUGGAGCGACCACAGACCCAUCUGCAGAACCCGUACCUGUGGCAGUAAUCUGAGAGGGCCCAGAGGGGUGAUAACAUCUCCUAACUACCCGGUUCAGUAUGAGAACAAUGCACACUGUGUAUGGGUCAUCACUGCAAUGGACUCUGAAAAGGUAAUAAAGCUGUCAUUUGACGAGUUCGAUCUGGAGAGAGGCUAUGACACGCUGACUGUGGGAGACGGUGGAAAGAUAGGAGACACUCGGCGGGUACUCUAUGUACUUACUGGUACCAGCGUCCCUGAUCUUAUUGUGAGUUUGUCAAAUCAGAUGUGGCUACACCUGCAGUCAGACGACACAAUCGGCUCUGCAGGGUUCAAGGCAAUCUAUGAAGAAAUCAACAGAGGAGGUUGUGGUGAUCCCGGAGUGCCUGCGUUUGGUCGUCGUAGUGGCGAUCGCUUUCAGCACGGUGACGUCUUAACCUUCUUUUGCCAGUCGGCUUUUGAGCUCGUGGGAGAAAAAGCCAUCACGUGCCAACACAAUAACCAGUGGUCUGGAAACAAACCCAGUUGUGUGUUUUCUUGCUUCUUCAACUUCACGGCUCCAUCAGGGACCGUGUUGUCCCCAAACUAUCCAGAGGAGUAUGGUAAUAACCUGAACUGUGUGUGGUUGAUUAUCUCUGAGCCGGGCAGUCGAAUACAUCUCUUCUUCUCUGACUUUGACCUGGAGCCACAGUUUGAUUGGCUGGUAGUUAAAGAUGAAGGUUUGUCUGAGGCAACAACAUUUGGGACUUUCUCAGGAAAAGACGUUCCAUCGCAAAUUGCAUCAAAUGGACAUAUUAUGAGACUGGAAUUCCAGUCUGACCAUUCCAAUACUGGGAAAGGCUUCAAUAUCAGCUACACAACAUUUGGUCAGAAUGAAUGUCAUGACCCGGGUGUUCCAGUCAACGGACAAAGGUAUGGUGACCAGUUUCAACUGGGCAGCUCUGUGGCUUUUCGCUGUGAUCAAGGAUUCAUUAGGACACAGGGGUCGGACCAGGUCACUUGCAUCAUUCAGGAUGGGAAUGUCGUUUGGUCCGCUGCUGUUCCUCGAUGUGAAGCUCCCUGCGGAGGCCAUCUCACAGCCCCUACUGGUGUUGUACUGUCUCCUGGUUGGCCAUCCUUUUAUAAAGAUUCUCUCAACUGCCAGUGGGUCAUUGAGGCACAGAAAGACCAUGCUGUAAAAAUACACUUUGACAAGUUCCAGACGGAGGUAAACUAUGACACACUGGAGAUCAGAGACGGGCCGUCAGCCUCCUCCCCACUGAUUGGUGAAUACCAUGGCACCCAAGCGCCUCAUUUCCUGAUUUCCACAUCCAACUUCCUGUUCCUGUUGUUCACCACCGACAAUAGCCGCUCCUCAGCUGGUUUCAGCAUCAGAUAUGAAAGUGUGAGGAUGGAGUCAGACUCGUGCCUCGAUCCCGGUAUCCCAGUCAACGGCCGUCGCCAUGGCAGUAGCUUUUCCAUUGGCUCCCACGUCUCAUUUACAUGCAACCCUGGAUACACACUCAGUGAUCAGGAGCCAAUUGUUUGUGAGCAGAGUCACCAGUGGAGUCAUGCUCUUCCCAGCUGCGAUGCAUUGUGUGGAGGCUAUGUAUUUGGUAAAACAGGAACAAUCCUAUCUCCUGGCUUUCCUGAUUUUUACCCUAAUUCUCUGAACUGCACCUGGACUAUAGAGGUGUCUCAUGGAAAAGGGGUCCAUCUGGUUUUCCAUACUUUCCAUCUAGAGGAGAACCAUGACUACCUGUCCAUCAUUGAAGAUGGCAACUUCCAGGCUCCGGUGGCUCGGCUCACCGGCUCAGUGCUUCCACCAAGCGUUAAAGCUGGACUCUAUGGAAACUUCAGUGUGCAGCUGCGAUUUAUAUCAGAUUUCUCCAUGAGUUACGAAGGAUUUAAUAUUACUUUUUCAGAGUACGACUUGGAGCCCUGUGAGGAUCCCGGUGUGCCGGCAUUCAGCAGGAGGAUGGGAUUUCGAUUUGGAGUCGGCGACUCGCUUGCCUUCUCUUGUUUCCACGGCUACAGACUUGAGGGAGACAGUAAGAUCACUUGUCUUGGAGGUGGCAGGAGAGUGUGGAGCAACACACUGCCACGGUGUAUAGCCGAGUGCGGAGCUUCCACGCUAGGACCAGAAGGUGUUCUACUCUCUCCAAAUUUUCCCUCCAGCUACGAUAACAACCAUGAGUGCAUCUACCGCAUCACUACUGAAAAGGGCAAAGGAAUCAGGCUGAAAGCUGAGAGCUUCUCUUUGCAAGAUGGAGACUAUCUAAAGGUGUAUGAUGGAGAGAAUACUACAUCCCGUCUUCUUGGCAACUUUACACUUGAUGGAAUGAUGGGUCGUGUUAUCAACAGUACGUCCAAUCACUUAUGGCUGGAGUUCAACAGCAAUGCCUCUGGAACGGAUCAGGGCUUUCGCCUUACUUACACAAGUUUUGAUCUGGUUCGCUGUGAGGAGCCUGGAGUUCCCAGUUAUGGGUAUAAAAUCCAGGACGAUGGGCAUUAUGCCAAUACAUUCGUCCUGUACUCCUGCAACCCUGGGUAUACCCUACAUGGCAGCAGUACGCUUACCUGUCUGAGUGGUGAUAGGCGUGUCUGGGACAAACCACUUCCUUCCUGUAUUGCGGAGUGUGGAGGUCACAUAACUGGAGCAGUGUCGGGACGGAUUCUUUCCCCUGGAUACCCGGCUCCAUAUGACAACAACCUCCACUGUACCUGGACUAUAGAGGCAGACACAGGCAAGACUAUCAGCCUCCACUUCAUUGUCUUUGACACUGAGGUUGGCCAUGAUAUUUUGAGAGUUUGGGAUGGUCCAUCUGGCUCUUCAGACGGUGGGAUCCUGUUGAAAGAAUGGUCUGGUCCAGCCUUGCCUGAAGAUAGCCACUCGACUUUCAACAUCCUUACUCUACAGUUUGAUGCUGAUUAUUUUAUCAGCAAACAAGGAUUUUCUAUACAGUUCUCUACCACAACAGCAACAUCCUGCAAUGACCCCGGUAUCCCUGUAAACGGUUCUCGAUAUGGAGACAGUAAAGAGCCUGGUGACAGCAUGACCUUCCAGUGUGACCCAGGCUAUCAGCUGCAAGGCCAAGACACCAUCACAUGUGUACGAAUGGAUAACAGGUUCUAUUGGCAGCCGGAUCCACCAACCUGUAUGGCGACCUGUGGGGGUAAUGUCAGUGGUCCUUCCGGUGUGAUUCUGUCUCCGAACUACCCUCAGCCUUACCCUCCUGGGAAAGAGUGCGACUGGAGAAUCAGAGUCAAUCCUGACUUUGUCAUUGCCCUUAUCUUCAAAAGUUUCAACAUGGAGCCAAGUUAUGACUUCCUGCACAUCUAUGAAGGCGAAGACUCAAACGGGCCUCUCCUUGCAAGUCUUCAAGGCAACCAGGCCCCUGAACGCAUAGAAAGCAGCGGGAACAGUCUUUUCCUGGCAUUCAGAUCAGAUGCAUCACUAGGAAUGUCUGGAUUUGCUAUUGAAUACAGAGAGAAACCAAGAGAGGCCUGUUUUGACCCUGGUAACAUCAUGAAUGCCAGUCGGACAGGCUAUGACUACAAACUAGGAUCCCAGGUGUCCUACAGCUGUCACCAUGGCUACACAAUAGUGGGUAGUGAAACCAUUAUGUGUGUCAUGGGGCAUGAUGGGAAACCAGUGUGGGACAAGGCCUUGCCAUCAUGUAAAGCUCCAUGUGGAGGACAUUAUAGUGGAUCUGAGGGUGUUGUUUUAUCCCCAAACUAUCCUUUAAACUACACCAUGAGACAGAUGUGUUCCUAUCACAUCACAGUGUCCCCACAGUUUGUGGUAUUUGGUCAGUUUGCUGUUUUCCAGACGGCAAUGAAUGACUCAGUGGAGCUUUUUGAUGGAGCCAAUGAUAAUGCUCGACUGCUCAGCUCCCUUGCUGGAUCCCAUUCAGGAGAGACAUUGCCGCUGGCAACAUCCAAUCAGAUCAUGCUUCGGUUCAAUGCCAAGAGUGGCCAGUCAGCUAAAGGCUUUCAUUUUGUCUACCAAGCUGUGCCUCGCACAAGUGACAGUCAGUGCAGCUCAGUGCCAGAGCCUCGGUAUGGCAGACGAAUUGGCUCAGAGUUCUCAGCAGGCUCCGUUGUCCGGUUCGAGUGCAGUCCUGGGUAUCUUUUGAAAGGAUCCAGCGCAAUUCGAUGCCAGGCUGUACCAGGUGCCCUCGCGCAAUGGAACGCAUCGACACCUUUAUGUAUAGUUCCCUGCAGUGGCAAUUUGACUGAACGUCGAGGUACAAUAUUGUCUCCUGGCUAUCCUGAGCCUUACCCUAAUUCUCUAAACUGUCUGUGGAGGAUUCAUGUCAGUGAAGGAGCAGGAAUACAGAUCCAAGUUAUGACGUUUGCGACAGAACACAACUGGGACUCUCUGGAGAUCUAUGAUGGAGGGGACAUGACAGCUCCAAAACUGGGAUCAUUUUCAGGAACAACAGCUCCUGCUCUACUGAACUCAACAUCCAAUCAGCUACUCCUGCACUUUCAGAGUGACAUCAGUGUGGUAGCAGCAGGCUUUCACCUGGAAUAUAAGACGGUUGGGCUGACGACUUGUCCUGAACCAAUGAUCCCAGCAAAUGGCAUAAAAACAGGAGACAGAUACAUGGUGAAUGAGGUGGUAGCUUUCAUUUGUGAACCUGGUUACACACUACAGGGUCAUUCACACAUUUCUUGCAUGCCUGGGACUGUGCGGCGGUGGAACUACCCACCACCUCUUUGCAUAGCACGCUGCGGUGGGGUCCUAUCUGAGAUGAGUGGUGUCAUCCUCAGUCCAGGUUUUCCUGGCAACUAUCCUGGCAACCUGGACUGCACCUGGCAAAUCACCCUGCCAGCUGGAUAUGGAGCCCAUAUUCAAUUCCAAAACUUCUCCUCGGAGGACAACCAUGACUUCCUUGAAGUCCGUGCCGGACCACAACACAGCUCUGCUCUCAUUGGUCAAUUCACAGGCUCACAGAUUCCACCACCAUUGAUGAGCACUACUCACCUGACAAUCAUUCACUUCUACAGUGACCACUCGGAGAACAGGCCAGGGUUCAGACUGAUCUACCAGGCUUAUCAGCUUCAGAACUGCCAAGAUCCUUCUCCUUUCCCAAAUGGUGACAUUAUCAAAAGUGACUACAGUGCUGGACAAUCAAUAACCUUUCAGUGCUACUCUGGUUAUGUUUUGAUUGGACACAAGGUGCUAACGUGCCUCCAUGGGACAAAUCGGAAAUGGAAUCACCCCUUUCCCCGUUGCGAGGCUCCUUGUGGAUAUAAUGUGACGGCUGAGAAUGGGACCAUCUAUUCACCUCAGUACCCCAACGAAUACCCCAACUCCCAAGACUGCAGCUGGCUCAUCAGCGUUCCCCAUGGCCACGGGGUUUACAUCAACUUUACUUUGCUGCAGACAGAGCCAGUCACAGAUUAUAUUGCUGUCUGGGAUGGGCCUGAUACAUCUAGUCCCCAGCUGGGAGUCUUCAGUGGUAACACAGCAUUAGAGUCGGCCUACAGUUCCAGCUCAAAGGUCCUGGUUCGCUUUCAUUCUGACUUCUCUACUGGAGGAUUCUUUAUCCUUAACUUCCAUGCUUAUCGUUUGAAGAAAUGCCCACCUCCUCCUACUGUGGAGAAUGCAGAGAUGAUCUAUGAAGAUGAGGACUUUCACAUAGGUAGAGAUAUUGUGAAGUAUCGCUGCCUACCUGGGUACACACUGAUUGGAAAAGCAGAGCUUAUGUGUAAGCUUAAUUCCCACUUGAUUUUUGAAGAUCCACCCCCAAAAUGUCAAGCUCAGUGCCCAGCAAAUGAGGAGAGGUUUUCAUCAUCAGGAGUCAUACUAAGUCCUGGGUUUCCUGGCAACUAUCCCAACAGCCAGACUUGCUCCUGGCUCCUUCGUAUGAUUCCAGGUUACACCAUAAAUAUCUAUGUAGAGAUGUUCCACAGUGAGAAGCAAUUUGAUGAACUGGAGAUUUUUGAUGGAUCAUCAGGACAAAGCCCUUUGCUUGUUGCUCUCAGUGGUAACCAUUCCUCUCAGCUGAACUUCACGUCUAAAACAAACCAGCUCUAUCUACGAUGGUCUACUGACCAUGCAACUAACAAGAGGGGAUUCAAGAUACGAUACUCGGCUUCUUAUUGCAGCAUUAAUGAGCCUCCAUUAAAUGGUGGUGUAGUCAACCGAACGAAACUCCAUCCAGGUAGCAGACUUCAGUUCUAUUGUAACCAUGGUUACCGCCUGGUAGGCUUAAGCAACGCCACCUGCAGGCUUGAUUCUACUGGGCUUUACCAGUGGGACACACCUGCACCCGUUUGUCAAGCGGUUUCAUGUGGAAUACCUCAGACUCCUGCCAACGGCAGCUUCCAUGCAUACCACUAUAAUGUUGGUAGCCAGGUCACUUAUGAAUGUAAUUAUGGUUACCAUCUUGACCCUGGUGCUUCUGUGUCAGCUGUGUGUUUGGAGGAUGGCAGCUGGAGUAACACAGGUUCAUUUCCCCGUUGCCUGCCUGUGCACUGUUCCAGCAUUGAAGGCGUCCUGACAGAGCACAUGACCUAUCGCCUGCUCAUUGGUAGGCUGGGUGAGUUUGGUUCCACUGUGAUGUUGGAGUGCUCAACAGGCUUUUAUUUGGGUGUCGGGCAUCGAACUCUCCGCUGCCUCGCCAAUGGGACCUGGGAAGGAUCGGAUGACCCAGCUACGUGCAAGAUCAUCUCUUGUGGGGAGCUUCCUACACCACCCUUUGGUACGAAACUGGGGACACUGACUACAUUUGGAGCAACAGCCAUCUUUAUGUGUAACCAUGGAUACACACUAGUUGGAUCACAUGUGAGAGAAUGUGGCGCUGAUGGACUGUGGAGUGGUGCAGAAACUAAAUGUUUAGCUGGUCACUGCGACUCUCCAGAUCCUAUAGUCAAUGGUCACAUUAGCGGAGAUGGCUCAAGCUACCGUGACACUGUGGUGUACCAGUGCAUGUUGGGCUACAGACUAAUCGGCACAUCCGUCAGAAUCUGCCAGCAAGACCAUCGGUGGUCCGGAACAACACCUGUCUGUGUCCCCAUCACUUGUGGUCACCCUGGAAACCCAGCCAAUGGGCGAACCAAUGGCAGCGAGUUCAACCUCAAUGACGUUGUCAACUUCACCUGCAAUAAAGGUUACAUCCUCAGUGGGAAUGCCCGCGCUCAGUGUCGACUCAACGGACAGUGGAGCAACCCCUUACCUGUCUGCAAAGUGGUGAACUGUUCGGACCCUGGACAUGUGGAGAACGGUGUGCGCCAGUCCGGUCUGCGUUACCCAGAAAUUUUCAGCUAUGGCGUAACCGUGGUGAUCCACUGCAAGAGAGGCUAUUACCUUCUGGGCUCUGCAAUCCUCACAUGUCAACACAACGGGCUGUGGGACCGACCAACACCUCGUUGCUUAGCUAUGUCCUGUGGCGAUCCCGGUGUGCCACCUAAUGCAGUAGUCUCGGGAACCCAUAGCUGGACAUACAGUUCUGUUCUGCAGUACUCCUGUUUGCCUGGCGGGGUUCUAGUGGGAAAUUCUACUCGCAACUGCCAAGAAGAUGGCACAUGGAGCGGGGCACCGCCCUACUGCACAGGAGCUAGUCCUGGAUUGUGCGGAGACCCUGGGAUCCCGCCACAUGGCACCAGACUGGGAGGGGAAGAAUUUAAGACCAAGAGCCUUCUGCGUUUUAGCUGCGAGGCCGGGUAUAAUCUGAUUGGCUCAGCUGAGAGGACCUGUCUUCACAACAGCAGCUGGAGUGGUACACAGCCCGUGUGUCAAGCUGUUUCUUGUGGUAACCCUGGCACCCCUGCCCAUGGAAGAAUUGUGUUCAGCGACGGCAUCACCUUUGGCAGCUCAGUGGCUUACUCGUGUUGGGAAGGGUUUAAAACAUCUGGAUUGACCACCAGACACUGCACAACAAAUGGCACAUGGACUGGUCAGGCCCCAGAUUGCACUGUGAUCAGUUGUGGCGACCCUGGGCCCAUCGCCAACGGCAUCUAUUUGGGAAGAGAAUUUACCUUCAACCAUACUGUGGCCUACCGCUGUAACCCUGGCCACCUGAUGGAACCAGCUGGACGCAAUGUUCUGAGCUGCACUAAAGAUGGAACCUGGAACCAAACCAAACCCAGUUGCAGAGUUAUCCAGUGUGGACAUCCCCCCCAAGUGCUCAAUGGAAAGGUCGAAGGGACUGAUGAUUCCUGGGGAUCCAGUGUGAGCUACAGCUGUUUUCAGGGUUAUCAGAUGUCUAUCCCUGCUGUCUUAACCUGUGAGGGAAACGGGACGUGGACUGGAGACAUUCCACAGUGUUUGCCUGUUCUGUGUGGGGAUCCUGGUUCUCCUGGUGAAGGAUUCAGAGAGGGGAACAUCUUCUCAUACGGGUCAGAGGUCAGGUUUUACUGCCAUUCCCCCUAUGUGCUGGUGGGCUCUGCCACCAGACUCUGUCAAGCAGAUAGGAUUUGGAGUGGGCAUCAACCAACCUGUAUAGACCCAACCUUCAACAGUUGUCGUGAUCCAGGAACUCCAGCCUAUGGUAUUCCGAUCAUGGCCCAGGGCUUUCAGGUGGGCAGUAAGAUUUCUUUCAAGUGCCGCAAAAACUACCAUAUCCUCGGUUCGACAACAAGAACGUGCCUGGAAAACCUAACGUGGAGUGGAACUCAACCUGAAUGCAUAGCUCAUUCAUGUCGACAGCCAGAAACCCCCAGUAACGUGGAUGUUCGAGCUAUGGACCUGCCAACUUUAGGAUAUACACUGAUAUACAUGUGUCAAGAAGGUUUUUAUCUGUCUGGUGGAUCAGAGCACAGAACCUGCAAAAGUGAUGGAAGAUGGACAGGGAAACCGCCGCUCUGUAAAGUUGGAGUGAAAGUAAAUCCCAAAGGCAGAGGGGAGUCAGACAUACAGAAGAAUAAGAUCCGUGUUCCAGCAGAUGUCUUCUCUCCAAACUCUGAGUGGAGUGGUUUUUACGAGUAUUUAGGGAAGAGGCAGACCACCACCUUUGCAGUUACUGGGUUCAAUGCUACCAGCAGCCGAGUGAACGUCACAUUACUGGAGACCAGCGGGGUGUCAAUCAGACUGUCAGGUACUUACAAGUCAGAGGAAAACCAGCUGCUGUUGAAGGUGUACCAAGUGAAGGGGCCAACAGAGUAUUACUACAGCAAGUUUAAAAAUGACAACUGGGCUAUGGAUGGAUAUGUCACUGCGGAGUCUGACCAGAAGACUUUCGUUUACCAGGGACAUAUUCACAGUAAAGACUUUGGCAAGUUUUCUCUGACAAGACAAGGUCCUGUAACCACGGCAAUGAAUCCAUCAAACCCAUACACGAACAGCAGCUCUGUGGCAGCAGCCAUUUUAGUUCCCUUCUUUGCCCUCAUCCUCUCUGGGUUUGCCUUCUACCUCUACAAGCACAGGACAUUGUCUGCUGACACAGAUGACAAUGAGAGACCAAAAAACACCUGGGGGCCUGGCGGCAGGACCCGUCCAAAGGUCCAAUUCAACGGCUAUGUCGGACAUGAGAGCUCCAAUGGGCAGGCAUCAUUUGAAAAUCCAAUGUAUGACACCAACAUGAAGCCCACGGAGGCUAAGGCAGUUCGAUUUGAUACCACCCUGAACACAGUCUGCACUGUGGUGUAGUUGGGCAAACCUGUUUCUGCCCAUAAAGCGGUUCAGACCACCUUCAUGUGGCGGUCUGUUGAGUGGUGUAACCAAAAUAGAAAGCAAACAAACCUAAUAUCUGGACUUGUCACCAUGAGCAGCCUUUGUGUAACAUGCUGGUGCCCUGCCAGCAAAAUCUUCACAAUAAUGCAGCUCUACUCCACUUCCUUCCACUCUGAUGGCAUUUUUCCGCUCUGGUUUGAGGGAGAAAGACAGAAAAGAUAGUUGAUGGUGACAGAAGAAAAGGCAGUAAAUCAUGACCUCAUCAAAUAUCACGAAGUCUGAUUUCAGGAGAUUACUGUUUCAGCUACAGUUUUUUUUUUGACCCUGAUACAUUUCAAGCAUGUAUACAGAUGGUAUAGCUAGUUGAACUGCUGCUAAGAGCAUGCUCAUCAAGUUUGAAGAAGUUGCCCUUACUUUUUCUUGGAAAAAAAGCUCUGCAGUAAGGGUCACAUAACUAAAUCAGCAGCAGUUAUUUCCAAUAUCAUCCCACCCUCCCAUGCCAAAUUUGCACAGUGGUACAGGCUUAUGAACUUCCCCGCUGCAGGCCAGAUAUGGGUUUGACCAAGACGAGGUUUCACCCUCAGGGGAAGCACAUACACCUAGUCUACCUUUCAUACCCUCACAGAUAUAAGAUGGACCCCAUAUAAAACCUUAGAUAGUAACUGGUGCUGGACCAAAAUCAUCCCACUGACUUUCCGUCCUUCUGGAUUUGACAAAUGAACCUUUUACAGUCUUUCUUGUGUUAGAACCUCAUGUAGGUUCCACAGAUUUGCGUACAUUUAAAAACCAAAUGCAGUGAUAUGAUUAGUUUAAUGGAUUAUUAACCUGUUUGACAUUUGGUGAACAAAAAUCAGGGUUAGAUGAGAGUUGAGUUUGAAAAUGUUUUAACCUAUUUAGAGAGCUGAGCGACAAGCAGGACAAUCACAGUUAGGUAUGAUUAGUGGACAGAUAUUACAACAAUUUAUUUCAUGGAUUCUUGUAAUUUUCAUUAAUUUAUGCCACUUUUAUGCCUUUUAUGACAGCACCGUAGUACACUGCAGCUAAAUAGGGUAAAACAUAGCAAAUCAAGCCUCUCUAAACUACGUUUUCCAAAGGUUUUGCGCCAUCACCAAGCGUUAUCCCAAGCUAAGCGAAUUUCCAACACGUUCAAAUAUUACAAGAAGAUGGUAAACACCAAUAAGUCCUGCACAGUAUUCAGUUGUUGAAACAUAAAACCAGUCGAUUGCGUUUUAAUGCCUUUGCAGACUAUGGACUGGUUUCCAGAAGCUUGUCAAACACAAUCAAACAUUUGUUUUUUCCUGGACUCGUCACAAUUCUGUGCUUGGUGGCUUAACAAGUGGAAACCUGGAGGCAAUAAGCUGUCAGGAUUGUCAACUGCUGCAAUCAACUGUGCCCAAAUCCAGGAAAUGAUUUGUUCUCUUGUAACUCUGGUCUGGACUAUCAGCCGCAAGAUGACUGAUUCCUUUUCUACACUGCACUCUCCAGCCACAAAAUCCGAAAUAAGAUAAACUGAUUUGCUGACAGACUGUCUGACAGCAACUGGACAAAUGGACGCAGACAAAAAAGUGCAGUUAGUCACUGUUGUCAGUCAAACUAACUGUAAAAAGAGACAUGGACAUGUUAGAGUGGAAACAGAGACAUCAAGAUGUCUCUAUGUGUCUCUUCUGGUAUUUUUCUUCAGUGAAGAUAUCGAUGAACAGACUCGUAUGUUCAAAAGCCCAGCGGCUCAUUGGGACUUCCCAAACUACGGCUGCUGGGAACUCUAAAAUAUAAAGUUUAUAUAAAUCGCACAAAUUUUGCACUAGUGUUAUUAUUUUUUUGUUUAGUUUUGUUUUUGUUCAUGUUUUUUAAAAAAUUUUUUUGCCCCAUUUGGGACGAGGGAACGAAGAGAAGAUUUGGGAACAGAAAUGGGUUUGCUAAAGGAGUUAUUCAAAAAAUAAUUUUAAUUCAAAAGCGUCUAUCUUUAAAAAGACAAUAUGACUAAAUACAGGGUUACAGUGUGUUUGUAUAUACACAUUUAUAUUUCUCGCUCCCUGUUGGCAGUUGUUUAUUUGUUGCCAUACAUGCUAGCUAAUCAGAAGUGUGGGAUUUCCCAUGUGAAAGAGAGAGACAGGAAAUGUCAGUUUCUUGCUCUUUCUGAAAGCUUUUACUUGCUUCAAUGUAAUUGGUAGAAGAAACAAAAGGAGAACAUUACAUUCAUUUAAAACUAGUUACAAUAACUUGUAAAAUGCCUAUCCAAAAAAUAGUAAUUUACACAGAAUACAUUAGCAGCUUUUUUCUUGAAAAUGGGACAAUUUCAAGUAUUAGCUUUCAGAAAAGCCCCGCAACCAUUUCUCUAACCAUCUUUAAAAGGCACAUGUUCCUUUCCACCACUAUUAUUGUGCAUCCUUUCAUCACAUUACAUAUCUGAUGCACACAGUCUUGUUACAACAGCCUUUUCAAAGAGCACAGAGAGUUUGUAAUUGGUUUGAGAAGCGGUCAGCAGUCAAAUAAGUUCAUGAGGAAGGCAACAUGCACAUUUAGGGUAGUCAGCAAUUAUAUCCCCGUAUUAUUUAAGAUAUACCUCAUCAGCAGAAAGUGUGUCAAAUCCUUCAUUAUGAAUGCUGGAUCAUCACUGCAACAAAUAUAUAAGCUUACGGACAAACUUAUCCCGCCGAUUUCCUGGAAAUUUAAAAUGUUGCUCUGACAUCCAUAAAUCUGUAGGACUCAAGAAAAUCCACGAGUUUCAAACAUUAAGCUUGUUAUUUUUCGCAGUGUUUUCUAAAAAUACUAUUAUUUUUUCAAAAGUUGCUGCACUUGGUUUAUGUAACAGAUUUAAUUGCUUUCACUGUGUCUCCUUUGUUGUUUCCAGGGUCUGUUUCAUGCUUCACACACAACAUUCUGAGAAUAUUUUUAUACAUCCAGCAUUUGCGUUAAGCCUCAUGUUUUGUUUUGUUUUUUUUGUUUUUUUUAUGUUUUCCAUGUUUUGUUUUCUUUUCGUUUCUCAACCACAAUCCACAGCACAACCACAAAAACUUUCUUUAAAAUUGAAUUAAUGUGCUGGUAGAUUAGGGACAUGUAAAGAGAAGAGCUUCCAACAGAUAAAAUGAUGACAUCUUCUAACUAAUGUGUCAUAUUUCUUGCAGAGAGAAGUCGUGUUAAAAGUAGCUGAUUAUUCUGAAGAACUCAAAUACCCCAAAAGUGUGCAUGAGAAGAUUGUCAAAACUCUACGGCUUUCACCUCAUUUACUGGAAAAUGACUGUGCCCCAGACCUCAGUGCUGCAAAUGAAAUGCUGUUAAACAAUGCUGGUUGAGUCUGGAUAGACAUUGUUUUAUGUAAAACAACCAUUGUGAUGCAAAGGCAGAAAAAUUGAUGAACAGAGCAGCUCUUAAAAAUAUUUCAGCAAGACAGAUGACAUAUUCAGUAUUUCCGUAUAGGAAUAAACAAGACAUCUGUAAACAACAGUGGAGCGUCUGCUCACAGUCAUGAGCCACAUCUCUUCCUUCUUUCUUUUUUUUAAUUGCGAGAGAGCUUUUUGUGCUUCUGGUUUUAAUUGAUUUGAUUAAUUCAGCGUAGAUUUCCUAUGGAGUCAGGAGUGCAUAAUAGAGCCUGAAAAUUAGAGGCUGGUUUCCAAAACCGUAUUAAAAGGUCUAGUUUUAUAAUUACUGAACGAUAUAUGAUCUCCUAGUGUGCCUGAAAGAGAGAAUUUGGACUGUUUCGUUUAUUCAGGCAUGCCACAAUGUAACUGCACUACCGCAGUUAGAUCUGACAUCCUCCAGGCCCAUAAAAAUACGGCAUAAUGCAGAAUGUCAUUUUGUGCAGAUACCGAGUUUCCUGCACGACUGUCAAGUCUUUGUAAAAUUUCUAUAAGCACACUUCAAUGCAUGCUGAGCUCAGAACAGGAUUUUCCACCCACUAAUGUUUCAAUAUUUCCCCUGAUAACCACGUCUGCAGUGACAGAUGUCAGGCGCUAUUUGACUUCAUUUUGUUAUAAAAACAGAUAUCCUUCACAGACUUUCUGUGAACGGUGGGCCCAGUUGCAUCUAAAAAUGUGCCGUAGAAAUAUAAGCCCAUGGCAGGAAAUGUUGAAUUAGUAACCUAUUCUUAGGUAAUUGUUACAUGUGAGAAACUGUCGGUGUAACAUGACAGAAACCACUAUCCAUUUAUGUUAUUUAUAUGGUCUGUAAUCAUGUCUAUUUUUAGGUCUGAUCCUGACAGUCAGUGUAUUUUUAACCUGCUAGCCUUAUCCGAGUGAGAGACAAAUGUCAAGGGCAAUGCGGGAGAGACUAACACAGAUUUGAAGAGAUUGUGGAAACCCAUCUGUGGGAUAACAUUAAAAAUCGUUUUGAUGCAUGGAACUAUUUCAUCUUUACAGAAAUUUAGGCUCAAAAUUAUUCAAAUGCCUGAUGGCUUUAGAGUUCAAGUUAUUUUCAUUUAAUCAAGAAGUUUAUUUCUGACUGGAACUAACAUUAGUGUUAUUAAAAAUACAAAAACGAUGUACAAAAGGUACAUUCUAUUAUUUUUAUAUUGCUUGUGAAAAAAAAACAGACAUUUACACCUUUUUCCAUCAUUUAUGAGAAUGCCUUUUUUCCAUUAUAUCAUUGGAACCAUUCUCACUUCUAUUUGUGAAAAUAUUUGUGGACACUUCCAUAGAUUUAAAUCAAAAUUCUGGCUGGGCCAUACUGAACUAUUAACAUUACUUCCAAGCAGAAGAAACAUAAAAUUAAAAGAUUACUUGGCCCAAUUCUAUCUGUAGUAUUGAUCAUUUUAACCCUCCCACAGACCUAAAUGGGUCGAGCAGACCCUGUGUGAGCUUGUUACCCUGUUCCGGUCGGACUGACCCCACAUGUGCUUUUACAAGUUUUAUUUAUUUUUUAUCAGUUUUGGGAACUGAUAAAAAAUAAAUAAAUAUAAUAAACAUAAAUAGGACACCUCCAUUACCUCGCUCUUCCCGAGUGUCAAACUAGGACUGUGGGAGGGUUAAGUCUUAUUGUAUGUAAGCCAAAAAGUUAUCUGCCUACUGAUUUAGCUGGUAAAAUUGAUUUAGACCCUGGAAAGAUUUAUGUUUUUCACAAUGUUGAGGCAAUUUUUACUGUUUAUAUAAAUUACCUAAUAUAUACUCAAAUAUUUAAAAUACAGAAUCAGUUUUAAUUGUUGAACUGAAUACAAUUUUAAUCUUCCAAAACAUGGUUACGAAUGCAACAUAGAAUUGACAGUUCUGAUGCCAUAUAGACUAAAAUAUCAUACAGUGCCUUGGCAAAAUAUUCAUACCCCUGUUUUUGUCACAUUACAACCACAAAUACCAAUGUAUUGAAUUUGGUUUUACGUUUAUAUUUAUAGAGUACAAAGUGGAGCAUACAGCAAUUACGAAGUGGAAGAAAACUGAUAGAACUUUUAAACAUUUAUACAAAGUCUACGUAUGUAUUCAGUUUCUCUGAGAUAAUGCUUUGUAGAACCACAUUUUCCUGCAACUACAGUCUUUUAAGAUACUUUCCUUUCAGCUCUCCACGUUCAGAAAAAAAUUGGCCCAUUCUCCUUUGCAGAGUAGCUCAGGCUCUCUUGAAAAGGAUGGGGAGAAUCCUUGAACUGUGAUUUUCAAAUCUUGCCACAGAUUCUCAAUGGGAUCCAGGUCUACACUUUCAGUUUGCCAUUUUAACACAUGAAUAUGCUUUGAUCUGACUGUUUGAUCUAAUCAUUAUAGCUUUGGCUGACUAUUCAGAGCCAUUGACCUGCUGGAAAAUGAACUUCACACCCAUUCUUAAAUGCAACAGAUUUUCUUUCAGAAAUGCCUGUUUUUAGCCCUUAAAACUUCCUGUGAACUCUGACCAGCUUUCUGCCCUGUUCAGGGUCAUUUGCAGUGCUAGUUAUCUACACAAAAAUGUUUAACAUUUAUUUUUUUUCAUUAUUUGAUUAUGUAUUAAUUAUUUAAUAAAAAAUAUUUCCAUGUUUUCUGAGUUACUUACAUUGCUAGUGAAAAAUAUUACCUAUUACCUUGAAAUAGUUUUUGCAAGAUAAUUGUGCUUCAAAUUAUUCCACCACCUUUUUUUGCAUUUGAACAAAGGCCUCCAUGGAGCAGCUUUUUCAAUUCACUUUUCAUAGAGUUUGCCUCUGAAAGCAAAUGGUUGUGCUGAAUUUUAUUUACCAAGGGAGUCCCAUUGAAGUGGACAGAAUACAUGUGCAUGCCAUUCCUUUCAGAUAUAUUUGUAAAAGAUUAUGAAAACCACAUAAUUUCCCUUCCACUUUGUAGCUGUGCACUGCUUUGAUUUUAAAAUGUUAUUUAUAAAAAAGACAAUGUGAAAUUAAUUUAAGGGUUUAAAAUACUGGGCUGCACAGUGGCGCAGUUGGUAGCACAGUUGCCUUGCAGCAUUAAGGUCCUUGGUUUGAUUCCCGGCCCGGGGUCUUUCUGCACGGAGUUUGCAUGUUCUCCUUGUGCAUGUGUGGGUUCUCUCCGGGUUCUCCGGCUUCCUCCCACAAUCCACAAACAUGACUGUUGGGUUAAUUGGUCUCUCUAAAUUAUCCCUAGGUAACUAAGCCUUGUUAUUUCUGAAUCGAGAAUUUAUCUGCAGUCCCGUUUUCUUCAUUAGAAAGAUAAAUAACUAUCAGUUGAGCACAUGACCGCUUUUUCAUUGAGAUACAAAACAAAAUUAUGAAGUUAAACUGAAGAGAUGUGUUCUCAUUAACUCAUUAACAUGCAGGAAGUGGCUGGUGCAUUUAAAAAUAUGCCUAAAUACAUAUAUACAUAUAUAUUUUUUUCAUUUUGAUGUCCCCUGUGGCACGGAGAUGAGUUGAGAAAUGGUGCGUCUUUAACCGAAAGUUGCUGUCAUCUAAAAUGUUUGUUUUUAGGUUUGUGAUGCCUCCAUUUUCACCGCUGUCAUCUCUCACCACCAUUAUCAUGUGCUGCUGAACUUGAAGUAGGUGCAAAAGGAAAAAAAAAACAUUUUUGUACAAAAAUCUAUUUUUUAUGAAGAGAUUUGUAAAAAAAAAAAUUAUCAAAACAAAUUAUUAAACAUGCUGUAAUUUUUAUGAAUAACAAUGUAGGUACAAAUAAAAUCUUGUUCAUUGAAAUCAAUGUUUUUACUGUUAUACUCCAUGUAAAGAUCUAUGGUUGAGACAGAGUAUCAAAUAUCAAAGUUUCAUAUGAUCUUAUUUGCCCGUCAUGGCUGCUUUUACACAGGAACACACAAGCUUGAGAGCUGAAGCCAAAUUAAACUUUUCUCCAGGUAAUAAAUGUGAAAGAAAAUAUUGAGUCUAAAACAGUUUCUGUAGCAAGGUGGGAUUAAUUUCAUGUUUCAUUUUUUAACAUUAAAGCUUUUAUGAUGUAAUCAGAAUUUCUGAUUCUUUGUGCUCAUUGAUGCUUGAGUCGUUAUUUUUAAAAUCUUUGAAAUAUUAACAGUACAUGUGUAGAACACCAAAUGUAUUAAGUAAUGGGUUGAAAUCAUUCCAACUUUAAAACACAUUGUUCCUGUGUAACAGCAGCUCUAUAUGGCUACUCCUCAUACUUAUAUCUUAGAGAGAAUGGCUUUUAGAGGCAAAAAUUUUAAAAAAAUUGGAUGGAUUCUGUUUUCUUUUAUUUUUUUUUACAUUUUAAAUUUGUUUAAAUUAAAAAAGAGCAAACUCUCUUUUAGCUUAAUAGAUCUGUUUGGAUCAUUGAGCUGUGAUACAAUUUUGAUGUAGCAUCAUGAAUUUUUGGCAGCAAAUUUGAAGGUAUAAAACUACACUGGUACUUCAGGUGAAUUACCCAGUCCUCCAACAUGAUCAUGAGGGAAACAUACAGUGGAGUUUUACAAAGACUUACAUAACAGUUUGUGCAUUCAGCCUCACAGCCUGCAACACUCACCGUUUAUCAGAUAUUUUGGAGAUAUUAUUUGAGAAUAAAGUUUUUUUAUACCAUAACC